CAUUCUGCAGUCGUUCAUCUGCCGUUACGGAGAGUGGACGUGUUGCCCGCCUCUCUAUCACCCGCGUAUUACAUUACGUAGUUUGCAAAAACUCGACAAGUGUUCACGUGUGGAUAUAUCACUAUAGUGUUACGUGUAAAAUGUGAUGUGAUGCAAACGUGUUUGAUUCUCUAAGUGAACUACAGUUGUUUUUGAGUUGGAAACAUUCGCGAUUCGAAGCCGGUUCGAAGGUUUCGGGGAUGACACACAAGGUCUCGAGUCAACACACAUUUAUAUUUUGAUUACUGUACACCUACGGGAAGCAACACUGCCGCAUGAAGACAUAAGAUGACUGAUGCUUGUCCCAUGCUCCUGUACACCGCUGCAAACUAAAUUUUAAUCCAAUAUCUUAUCGGAGACAAUGGGCGGCGGAGGACUCGGCGAGAGUGCAGCGCCGUUUACAAUAUCUACGAUGGCGUUACUCCGGCACGUGAACUUCUUUGCGACGCUAAGACCUAACACCUUAUUUGUGGCGCUGCUGGCUCUGCAGGUUGUCACGGCGGCGUCGGCACUGGCCAACUGCCCUGGCGGCUGCAGCUGUAACGACGACACGCUGGUCGUGGUCUGCGAGGAGAGCCGCCUCGACGUGCUGCCCAUAGUCCUCAACCCGUCCAUCCAGCGGCUGAUCAUCCGCAACAACAAGAUCAAGACCAUCGACGCGUCGAUGGUGUUCUACACGGACCUGCAACACUUAGACCUGUCCCAGAAUCACCUCGUCAGCAUACCCGACAAGAGCUUCGCUUACCAGCGCAAGUUGCAAGAGUUGCAUUUAAACCACAACAAGAUAUCGGCGGUCGCCAACACGACGUUCCAGGGGUUGGGAUCCCUAACGGUGCUCAAUCUAAAACGGAACUUCCUAGAAGAGCUUACGAGCGGCAUAUUCACUACCCUCCCAAAGUUGGAAGAGCUAAACUUGGGUCAAAACAGGAUAUCAAGAAUCGAUCCCCGAGCUUUCUCUGGUUUGUCUGCAUUGAGGAUAUUGUACUUGGACGACAACCAGCUGAGCUCCGUCCCGACGGCAUCGUUUAGCUUGUUAGGAAGUCUCGCAGAACUUCACGUCGGUCUAAAUGCAUUCUCUUUUCUACCGGACGAUGCCUUCGCUGGACUCAACAGAUUAACAGUGCUGGAUCUUAACGGAGCGGGACUCUCCAAUAUCAGCGAGAAUGCAUUCCGAGGACUUCCCGGCUUGAGAAGUCUAAAUCUAUUCGGAAACAGAUUGAUGACGGUGCCAACUCAACAGUUAUCCGGUCUCACGAGGUUGGAGGAACUGUUCAUUGGACAAAAUGACUUUCAUGCUCUCGAGAUUCACUCGUUCAAAGGACUGAAGAACUUAAAGCUCAUUGAUGUCACAGGGGCAACUCAACUCGAACGUGUCGCAAAAGGUGCUUUUGAAGACAAUUUAAAUUUAGAAACCAUAGUGUUGGUCAAUAAUAAGAAAUUAUCGGCAGUAGAGGAAGGAAGUUUUUUAAGUCUUCCCAAACUACGACACGUUCUAUUGCGAGAUAAUGCAAUUCAAACUUUAAGCGAAACUACAUUUAUAGGGAAAGAGCUCAAACAGCUGGAUUUAACAGAUAAUCCAAUUUUCUGCGACUGCCAGCUGCUGUGGCUUCGGACACUUUUAAAUGAAAAAAGUAAUUUCACGCAAAUUCAGUGCGCUAAUCCGGAUCAUUUACGUGAUAAGUAUUUAAGAGCACUGACUGCUGACGAUUUAGGCUGUGUUUUGCACGACUCUCGUCAACAGACUAUAAUCUGCAUCAUCGUGGUGGCGUGUGUCGCCGUAGUCGCGACCCUCGUGCUCAUCCUGUACAGAUACCGCAAAAGCAUGCAGGAGAAAUUAAAGGAUUACAAAUGGAACAAGGGGCGGAAGAACCUCGAAUACCACAAGCCCAUCUCGACUGAGGAGGACUGCAUCGUGCGCGGCAUCCACCCGGCGCAUUACCCGGGGCAGUACCCGGCGCAGUACCCGGGACAGCUCCCCGCGGCCUCUGCGCACGGGCCCGGGCUGCGCCCCAUCCCGGUGACGGAGCUGUAGCUAGAGCUGUACGCCUCGCCGAGCGUGUUCUUCAUGUCGGGCGCACCGGACGGGGCGCGCCGGCCGCCGCGCUCGGGGGGCACCCUGCCCGCCCU